AUGCACAGUUACGAAGAACGACAUCAGUUGUUGUAUGGUCGUACUGCUCAGAGCCAGGCUCCCGCCGAUUAUAAUCCACCAUCAGAUAAAGAUGAGGAUGAUGAUAUUGAAAAGAGAUUCUUUUUAAAGAAUAUUCCUGGUAGACACAAAGUUGAACGCUUUGGUCGUAACGUAGUUCAGGCUAUCCUAAAAUCCAAUCCCACUAAAUUUAAAGAUGUUAGUGCAAACUGGAUAAUCUAUAGAGAGUUAGGUAAUCUUAGGUUUUUUGAGGGAGUCUUAGCGACUCGGAACGGCUCGGAUCUAAACAGUUUCACCCAUGACCAUCCUUUUAAGUUUGUCGACUUUCAGACAGACUUGGAGUCAUCCGGAAACAACUUGAACCACAUCUUUUUGUUGAAAGACAAGCUUCAGGAGAUCGACCCUAAACAUCUCAAGCCAGACCAGAUUCUGGACCUUUCCGUCAGCUUUGCAGUCCUUAUGCGCCAACACCUGGGCGGAAUGGCUGUUAAGAUGCACGAGACCCGCAUGGCUAACGUUCGCGAAGCCGCAGGAGCACACUUCGAGGACGACGCUCUCAACAUGUUCGACCCACAGUCCUUCUAUGACCACACUAAGUCUAUCCUCACCCUACAGACAUACUUUAAGAGCAAGACGGGAACCGACAACCGCCGAGACAAAGGCGGCAACAACAACAACGACAAUAGUCACGGCAAUGGCCGACAUAACUCCGACAAAAAUUGGAACAACAACCAGGACCGCCGCUCACAGAGCCGCUCAGGUCGGGAUUUCAAUAAUAGCAACCGUUCCUCCUCUUCUUUUCAGAGGAACUCCGGAAACCAAAGGCGGAACAGCCAACAGCGCGGACGAAGCACCUCCCGCAGGAACGACAGAUCCCCAAGGUUGGAGGGCGGCUCAAAGGAUUCUUAG